AUGGAGGUUUCUGUGAGGAACUGUAAAAAAUUAAGCCCAGAAAGAGGUAGAGUGUGUGUUCAUCCAAGAAUGAUCCGACCCAAAUUCAAGAAAGUUCAAGUUGUUUAUUAUCUAUCAAGAAAUGGGCACCUGGAGCACCCACAUUACGUUGAAGUAACCCAUUUAGCCCAUCAACACCUUCGCUUGAAAGAUGUUAUGGACCGGCUUACUGGCCUCAGAGGUAACGGCAUGCCUUCACUCUAUUCCUGGUCUUGCAAAAGGAGCUACAAGAAUGGCUAUGUAUGGAAUGACUUGUCAGAGAACGACAUCGUUUAUCCAUCAGAAGGAGCUGAGUAUGUACUCAAAGGUUCAGAACUAAUUGAGGGUUGCACUGAGAAACUGCAGCACCUUCAACUUGGAAAUGUUCAACAAUUUCAACCGGUUCAGGACCUGAACUUCCAGCCAAAACGCAAAUCUAUUGCUCUAAAACGAUACCCUGAGCCCGAGGAAGUUGUGUACAACCAGUACCAUGUGAACAAAGAAGAAGAUAUUAAUGCAGAAGACGAGGAAGAAGAAGACUACGAGGAGAAAAUGAGCUACACAAACUCGAACACACCCCAGUCUAAAUGCUCUAGAGGAGUAUCUACAGAUGAAAUUUAUGAGUUACAACAAGAAACACAAAAAACUGUUACCACUGAAUUAAAGAUUGGUAGAAAUUCAUUUUCAUCCCAACAAAUUCAAUCAAGUAAAUUUUUGGACAAGGGUAAUGAGGGAAACAAUGAAACUUCAAAGAGGUUUGAAGACGGGGAUCCAGUUGCGAAUGAGCCAUUAUUGAGUAGAAAUUCUAUGCUAUUCAAUUUAAUUGCAUGUGGGGGCUCAACCUCAUUCAGAAAAACUGCUCCAUCACCCAUUGCGAAACAGCCACCGGAAAAUGUGGUGGCUAGGAAGAGUACUUGCGGUGGCAACCUGCAUAAAGGAGUGGUGUGCAAGGCUGUGAAAGUGGCAUUGGAGGACAAUGAAAUGAUCGGCUGUAUGUCGGAGAACCCACGUUUCUGGAAUUUGCAAUCUGAGGAGAAAGAUUACUUCAGUGGGAGCAUUGUCGAGUCCAUGAUUACAGAGGAAAGAGUGGAGGGUCAGCCUUAUUUCAAGAAAUCAUCUUCCUUCAAUGAAGAAAGGUGCAAAAAGGUGGGACUUGGAGUAGGAGCAGCAGCAGUGGAAGAAGUGAAAAAAGAGAAUUCAGUGAAAGGAAAAUGUAUUCCGAGGAAGAAAUCAUCCAGCAAACACUCCAAGAAGUAA